CGCGCGGACGCAUCAGACAGUCAGUCAGCACGCAGAGGGACAGCAGCAGCCGCACCUCCUGUAGACACCGAAUAGCGUCUCAUUUAUACAUUCUGGGUGUUUAAUACCGAUGAGAACAAUGGUCUGAAGAGAUUUAGACGAUCAAUUCGUGAAUGUAAUUCCAUUACAUUCAUCUGAUCCGCGAGCGCCUAGGGCCGCUUUGGUUUUACCGUCUCCGCAGUCGCCUUCUCUCUGAGAGAUUCACGUUCCCAUGCGAUUCUUCAGACUCACCUUUAAGUGUUUCGUGGAUUGUUUUUGAAGGUGCUGUUUUAAAUCGGUGUCUUUUUUCUUUUAAAGUCUACUAUUUAUUUUACAAACGCGCUUUUUGAUAAAAACGAACCAACAAAACCGUUGCCAAUUUCGCCGAGAAAAUCAAACUGCCAACGGAAAAAAAUUAUUAAAAAAAUUCGUUAAGAAUAACACAGCUGAUUUUAUUAAAUAAAAGGAUAAAGGACCAGAUCCUGUGCACCUAAAGAGGAACAAAAGGGACAUAUUGGUGUAAAAAAAAACUGAAACUGACUUAGUCCAAAAACAAUAAGAGAUCAAAUAUUUAUUUUUGACUGCUGAUUUUUAAGCCCUUCUCGAGUCUCGUGAGGAGGUUGAUUUGCUUUGUUUACACGAGAGAUGGAGAAAUCCUCUCUGGACGCAGACUGCGCCCUGAACAUGGUCCUGGUGGAGGAGAAGAAGGGCCAUCUCAUUCCCAAUGGAAACGCGCAUCAAGGCGUCAAUGGGACCCUCAACGGGGGACCCGUAUCAGCGGCCACUGGAGCCAUUUCUGCGGUGGAGAAGAGGCAGGGCUACCCUGAGCGAGAGACCUGGACCAGACAGAUGGACUUCAUCAUGUCCUGUGUGGGCUUCGCCGUGGGUCUGGGGAACGUCUGGCGCUUCCCGUACCUGUGCUACAAAAAUGGUGGAGGAGUGUUCCUCAUUCCCUAUGUGUUGUUCAUAUUUCUGGGAGGCAUUCCGAUAUUCUUCCUGGAGAUUGCGCUGGGUCAGUUUAUGAAAGCUGGAAGCAUCAAUGUGUGGAACAUUGCCCCUCUUUUUAAAGGACUUGGCUUUGCCUCCAUGGUCAUUGUGUUCUUUUGUAACACGUACUACAUCAUGGUACUUGCCUGGGGUUUCUACUACUUAAUAAAGUCCUUCAAUUCCACGCUGCCCUGGUCCACCUGCGACAACCCAUGGAACUCAGAGAACUGCAUUGAGAUCUUCCGCCACUCCGACUGCCACAACGGCACCAUUGGCAACUCCACAUUUGGCAACAUGACGUGCGAAGAGCUUGCUAAUGGGCGUUCACCUAUUAUUGAAUUUUGGGAGAACAAGGUUCUGAACAUCUCGGAUGGGCUGGACCAGCCAGGCGAGAUAAACUGGGAAAUGGUGCUGUGUCUUAUGGCCGUGUGGGUGAUGGUUUACUUCUGUGUGUGGAAGGGGGUGAAGUCAACAGGAAAGAUUGUGUAUGUCACUGCCACGUUCCCAUAUGUGGUCCUGAUUAUUCUCCUGGUGAGGGGCGUUACUCUUCCUGGAGCUUAUGAUGGGAUCUUGUACUAUGUCAAACCUGAUUGGUCUAAGCUAGGAGAGGCACAGGUCUGGAUCGAUGCCGGUACUCAAAUCUUUUUCUCCUACGCUAUCGGGCUCGGAGCCCUCACCGCCUUGGGCAGCUAUAACAGAUUCAACAAUGACUGCUAUAAGGACGCUUUUGUUCUGGCUUUUAUUAAUAGUGGCACCAGUUUCUUUUCUGGUUUCGUGGUUUUCUCCAUCUUGGGUUUCAUGGCUUCUGAGCAAGGUGUGGACAUCUCUAAAGUGGCUGAAUCGGGCCCUGGUUUGGCGUUCAUAGCGUACCCUAAAGCCAUUUCAAUGAUGCCCGUGGCUCCGGUGUGGGCUGCACUGUUCUUCAUCAUGCUGCUACUGCUGGGACUGGACAGUCAGUUUGUUGGUGUGGAGGGUUUCGUAACUGGCAUUCUUGAUCUUUUCCCUGGAAAGUAUUACAUGCGCUAUCAGCGCGAAAUCGCUGUGGCGAUCUGCUGUUUAUUAUGCUUCAUUAUAGAUCUCUCCAUGGUUACACAGGGAGGGAUGUACGUCUUCCAGCUUUUUGACUACUACUCAGCCAGUGGAAUGACCCUACUGUGGCAAGCAUUCUGGGAAUGCGUGGUUGUCGCGUGGGUUUAUGGUGCUGACAGGUUCAUGGACGAUAUUGCCCGUAUGAUCGGUUACCGGCCAUUCCCGUGGAUAAAGUGGUGCUGGUCCUUUAUAACUCCAUGUGUUUGCAUGGCUAUCUUCCUUUUUCACCUGCUGAACUACAAACCUCUGACCUACAACAAUGUGUACGUGUACCCGUGGUGGGGAGAGGUGAUCGGAUGGUGUAUGGCUCUCUCCUCCAUGCUCUGUAUCCCCGUUAGCCUCGUGUACAAACUCGCUGGAUCCAAGGGAACAUUCAGAGAGCGUUGGGAAAGUCUGACCAAACCAGUGUGGGGAGCCCAUCACCUCGAAUACAUGGCCCCUGACACUGACAUUAAAAGCCUGACCUCUCUGUCUCCUGGAACGGAGGAGAACAAGGUGAUCAUUUUUGAGAGUGUUAUGUAGAUCAAAAGGGAAAUCCUACGACAACCCUCCUAAGGCAAGCUGGUUGAAGAAAUCCUCAGUAUUUAUUUGACAUUUUAUGGAAUUCUGCAUCAUCUUACAGUCUUAAAACAGCUGAUGGAUAUUGAUGGUUACAUUUGUUUCAAACUACAGAUCCUCUAGCAUGCACAUUACCAGAUGUUCUUCCUCUUCCACCCGUUCAAACUGCAGUCUAUACAUGAUAAAAAAGAAAAAAAGAUGUGCAAUGUUCAGUGCAGAUAUCGAGACUUGCAGAAUGAAA